AUGCGGCAUUUCCCACCUGCCGGAGUCUACAAGUGUUUUCUCGGAGGCUUUUCGACGGCUGAAAGCACAAAGAAAGCUUCUUUAGCGUCUUCGGGACCUCUGUCGUCUCUCUCUCUCUCUCUCCCUCUCUCACCAUUCCAUUCAAUUCCAUGCGCCUCCCUUCUCUUUCCUGUUCUCGCCCGUUUCACCUGCGCCCUUCUAACAUGUGUUUUCUCCCCCACAACGCCUUCUUUAUUCUUUUGUCGCCGGCUACGGCAGUCGCAGCAGCAGCAGCAGCAGCAGCAGCAGAACACAACAGAACUACAUCACCGUUCCCCUCGAUCGUUCCUCUCUCUCUCUCUCAUGUGCGCGUCAUCUUCGCGCUCUCCGCCACCGCCGCCACCGCCGGAGGAGCCCCUCACCUACCCGAUCACCUUUGCGAAGCUGGCGGAGGAGGACAGCACACCGGCCGAUGCAGCGCACACCGCCACACCCGCCGCGUCGGCGCACCUGCGACAGGUGGGCAUUUUCAGCGCGCUACACUGGUUAGUCCCCGUGUACGAGCUGGCGGAGUGGGCACCGAAGGCGGCGGCGGCGUCGCAGCGCAGCAGAGGGAAAGGAGGCGGCAACGACGGUGCGGAGGCGGCCAACGACAACAACGGCAGUGAGGAAGCGGCCGCACUCGUCCAGAUUCCCUACGAAGACGUCCGCUCCGCCCUCACGCUGCUGCCGCAGUUCCAGAAGUUUUAUGUCGAAUCCAGCAAGAUAAUACCCCAGCACACGGAUCUGUAUUACUACGUGGAGUCUCUCACGCUGCCGACGCCGCGGGGGCCGAAGGUGAUUUCGCGGUCCAAGGUGGAAGGCGACUACCGGGCCGCCCACGUGGCCUCGCACGCGCCCGCCACGGCAGGGGCGGCCGGGGCGACCACCGCCACCACCGUCACGAACAGCACUGCUUGCUUCUCCCUCCUGGCAGGACACAACCAUUUCCUGCUCUACUAUGAAGAAAGGGAGAAGCUGCGCUACUUCAACUACCUUCAGCUGGACCAGCUGCGCUUUGCGUGGGUGGCGGUAAAGGAGCUCAUUGAGGACAACAAGGUGUUCAACCUCAACGAUGGCAGCCUCACCGGGUUUGCGAAGCGAGACUUGAAGAAGAAUAACAUGGCCUCGCCUUUCUGCUCUGCCCCGGCGGCGCAGGCCGCAGCGAGCAACGAAGCUCACGAGGGCAACGGCAACAACAAUAAUAAAGCUCCGACUAACUCGAGUAAUAACAGCGGUGGUAGUGCUGGGCCGGUGGUGGGCCGAGGCGGGGGCAACGCACGACUGCACCAGGGCACCAGCGGCAACGUCAUCACGGCCCCGAAGAAAGACGUGCUAGAGGAGAAGAAACGAAUGCAGUCGCUGCGCUUCCUGCGCGAGGAGCUCGAGAAGGAGUGCGAGCGGCGCUGGCCCUACACCCCGGUAGCAAAGAGCUGCCUCUUCACGGUGGAGGAGGUGACGGAGACGGAGUUGCCGGCGGAGGCGCUCGCGCAACUCGGCCUCGUCGGCGCACACAACGCCCGCAACAGCAAGAACACCAACCGGCGUGGUCCGCGGUAUUAUUUGGGCGUGGUAGAGUUGCCGAUGCUGAACAAAAAAGGCGGGGCGGCGCGGUUUAAGGCGGCACGGUGGCACAACAACCGCCGUGACGCGGAGAGCGCCGCUGCGGAGGUGACGCUGAUGUCGCUGCGGAACAUGAAGGCGUGA